AUGAGCGCGCAAGACCUUCACCCAGGAUACGCCCAUGCAGACGCCUUUGACGAAGGCUUCCUCUCGGUAGGAUCUAUCCACAAGAUCCACUACGAGCAGUAUGGAAAGAAAGACGGCAAGCCAGUCAUCUUCCUCCACGGCGGGCCCGGCGGCCACUGUACCAAAGGCAAUACAACCUUCUUCAACCCGGAGGUCUACCGCGUCGUCCUGUUCGACCAGCGUGGCUCCGGCAAGUCUCUGCCCAACUCGGAGAUGCGUGAGAACACAACCCACCAUCUGAUUGAGGACAUCGAGGCCAUCCGCAAGCAUCUAGGCAUUGAGAAGUGGCACAUGGUCUUUGGCGGUUCCUGGGGCUCGACGUUGUCGUUGGCGUAUUCUCAGGCUCAUCCAGAGGUCGUGGGCUCUCUCGUCCUCCGCGGCAUCUUCACCUUCCGGAAAGAAGAGCUCGAGUGGUCUCGAGACAUCAUUGCUGGCCGUCUCUACCCAGACGCCUACGAGGAAUUCGUCAACUUCCUCCCUGAGGCGGACCGAAAGGACCUUGUAGCUUCAUACUACAAGCUGCUCCAGUCCGAUGACAGACAGACACGCAUCACUGCUUCCAAGGCAUGGAAUAAAUGGGAACUGUCCAUCAGCGAACUACGCCAAAACCCUCAGAGCUUGAGCAAGCUCGAGGACGAUGACUGGACGCUGGCACACGCCUCGAUGGAGCUCCACUAUGCUAUGCAUGACGGCUGGCUUGAGCAUGGCUCGCUCUUGAAGAAGGAGAAUAUCGACCGGAUCAGACAUAUCCCAACGACUAUCGUCCAAGGACGUUACGAUAUCGUAUGCCCACCUCAGACCGCCUAUGAGCUGCAUAAGGUGUUCCCGGAGUCCCGGCUAUUCUGGAUCGCAGAUGCCGGACACAGUGCAAUGGAACCUGGAACACGCAGUAAACUGACUGAGACUUGUGACGAAUAUACCAGUCUAUGA